ACGCAUGCGCAUUGUCCACAUCCCUGUGGUGUACGUGAGCAGCGACCAGGGUCGUGUAUUCUCUCCGAGCACGCCGCAGUCCUCCUUAAACAUCAUGUUCAGAGCAGCCGUCCGUCUCUCAGUCUCCGGGAUCCGGAGUUUAACACGGCCGCAGCCAGGGUGCCAAGGUGCCUUGGCCGCCAGAUGUUACUCCCAUGGGAAGGUGGAGACGGAUGAGGAGUUCGAUGCGCGCUGGGUUACCUACUUUAACAAGCCCGACAUCGAUGCAUGGGAACUGAGGAAAGGGAUGAACACCUUGAUCGGGUAUGAUCUUGUUCCUGAACCGAAGAUCCUUGACGCGGCUCUGAGGGCCUGUCGCCGGCUGGACGACCUAGCCAGCGCCAUUCGCAUCUUGGAGGCUGUUAAGGACAAGUCUGGCCCCCACAAAGCGAUCUACCCGUACCUCCUUCAAGAGCUGCAGCCAACUUUAACAGAGCUUGGAAUUUCCACACCUGAAGAGCUUGGCAUUGAUAAAUUAUAAACGGUUCUGACAAAGUGGAUACCACCAAAACCUCUGUUUGGGACAUCUUGUGUUUAUCUUCGCCUUUUGGAAUUGUGUGCUAUUUAAUUUGGCCUUUCAUUAAGUUCUUAUGCUUGUAAUAUAUAUUGAUGAACCUAAUAAAGGACUAUUGAACUAAUAGAAA